AUGUCGGGCCAAGGCUAUCUAGACAACACUGCCUUACACACGCAAGCAAAAUGGCGAUCAGCCCUCCUCACAUACCCGGGGAAUCUGAAAGAAGCUUUACGAGAAGCGCAAAAAGAUGCCAAGAAAACUAUGUAUGGCAUUGCUCAAGGUAUCCCUAGCUCUUUUUUAACCAAGGUUUACGCUUCUGUGAGGCCAGACUUUGUCUGGAUUGAUGUUGAGCAUGGAAUGUUCGAUCGGAUCGUCCUUCAUGAUGCUAUCCAUGCCGCUCAACAUCAUUCAGAAGGCAAAACAAUGGCCUUGGUUAGGGUUCCCAAGGAAGACGAGUGGGCUUUAACUACCGCACUUGACGCUGGUGCAGCUGGAAUUAUCAUCCCCCACAGUGAAAGCAAGGAGGAGGUUGAGGAGUUUAUGAAGAAAGUUUAUUACCAUGAUGCGUUCAACAUAAAGAAUUCAAACAAUCAUGUCGCUGUGAUCCCCCAAAUAGAGAGCGUCAAAGGAAUUGCAAAUGUCGAACAGAUUGCCUCAAUACCUGGUGUCUCAGCACUUAUGUUUGGGCCUGGAGAUUUCAUGGCAGAUGCAGGACUGCCACUUUCUCUGGGCAAACCUCAUCCCACCCUCGUUUCUGCUAUGGAGAGCAUGUCAAUGGCAAGCAAAAAAUACAACAAGCCACUCUGGGGCCUAGUGCCGCCACGAGCCUCGAAAUGGUUCCACAAAUGA